AUGAAUCGUAUACCUAACGAUGUAGCCGAGGCUUGUCUCUACUCAAAACUGGGCCCAUCCAGAGCUGGCGAUGAUAAAGACCGACAUCGUAUUUGUUGCUCCAUAUGGUCGGUGAUUGACUGCGGCCGACAAUAUGAACAGAAAUAUUGUGCCCCAAAGGAGAUUGAUGAGUUUGAACGCCAGGCCGAAAACUAUAUUGCAACCGACUACGAGGUGAGCUGGUGCAUUCUGGCGCUGGGGUUUGGAGAUAAAUUUAAAACUUAA